AACUGAGGAGAAUAAAGCUGAUGAUAGAAACGAAACUAUUAUUGAGACGAAACAAGAAGAGAAUAAAACUGUGGAGAAUAAAGCUGAUGAUAGAAACGGAACUAUUAUUGAGACGAAACAAGAAGAGAAUAAAACUGAGGAGAAUAAAGCUGAUGAUAGAAACGAAACUAUUAUUGAGACGAAAAACCAAGAGAAUAAAACUGUGGAGAAUAAAGCUGAUGAUAGAAACGAAACCAUUAUUGAGACGAAAAACCAAGAGAAUAAAACUGUGGAGAAUAAAGCUGAUGAUAGAAACGAAACUAUUAUUGAGACGAAAAACCAAGACAAUAAAACUGAGGAGAGUAAAGCUGAUGAUAGAAACGGAACUAUUAUUGAGACGAAACAAGAAGAGAAUAAAACUGUGGUAAAUGAAGUUGGUAAGAACGGAACCAUUAUUGAGACGAAAAACCAAGAAAAUAAAACUGAGGAGAAUAAAGCUGAUGAUAGAAACGGAACCGUUAUUGAGACGAAAAACCAAGAGAAUAAAACUGUGGAGAAUAAAGCUGAUGAUAGAAACGGAACUAUUAUUGAGACGAAACAAGAAGAGAAUAAAACUGUGGUAAAUGAAGUUGGUAAGAACGGAACCAUUGUUCAAACAAAACACCAAGAGAAUAAAACUGUGGAGAAAAAUGUUAAUGAUAAGAAUGGAACUAUUAUGGGAACGAAACAGCAACAGAACAAAACUGUGGAAAAUUCCUCUGGUGAUAAAAAUGGAACCAUUGUGGAAAUGAAACAAGAGGAGAAUAAAACUGUGGAAAAUGAAGCUGAUAAGAUCGGAACCAUUGUUGAAGGUAAACACCAAGAGAGUAAAACUGUGGAGAAAAUUAUUGAUGAUAAGAAUGGGACCAUUGUGGAAACGAAACACCAAGAGAAUAAAACUGUGGAAAACCCCACUGCUGAUAAGAACGGAGUAGAUAUUGAGGUAAGCAAAGAGGAAGAGAACAAGCCCUUACUGCAAGGGGUGCACGAUAAGAUCAAAAUGGAUAAACCAAUCAGUAAAGAGAUAGAAAACAAAACAUUUGAAAAGGCCGUUGUCAAAAACAGCGAAACCGUUGCUGAAACCAUCGACCAAGAAAACAAAACGGAAGGAAGACCCAUUUGUGAUAAAAACUGGACAGAUUUUGAAGUUCAUAAAGGUGAAAAGAACAAGAGCUUGGAUGAAAUGGUUGAGAACAAAGGAAAAAAUUUGGAAACUAUAGAACAGGAGACCAAAGCGUUGCCACCAAUCCCAGGUGCUAAAAACGAAACAUUUGAGGAAACUAAAGAGCAGGAAAACAAAACGAUAUUUUCGAGGAACGAAACGGAUGCGGAAACUAUAGAACCACGAGAAGAAAUUUUACCACGAGCGAACAUAACUUCCGAGAGCGAAACAGAAACUGACGGAAACGAAAGCGAAAUUCUACAGAACAAAUCAAUGAAUCUAGAGACCACGAUAGCGGAAAUUGAAACGACCACGAUAGCGAUUGAGGAAAAAACGGAAAUCAUUCAGAAAUUAAAUGAAGAUCUCAGUAAACAAACAACACUUCUGCAGAACCGAACAGAAGAUCUUGAGAAAAAAUCGAAUAAUAUGAAAAACAAAAUACUAGAAGUGGAAAACAAAACGAUGCGAUUAGAAAAGGAAUCAGAUGCGAUAUUAAUGGAGAAUGUCGUAAUGGGGCGAACGAUGCUGCGUGUGGAGACAGAAACCAAUGAGAUUGAAAACAAAGCUGUGGGUUUGAAGGAGAUGACUGAGACUCUCCAGAACAAGACAGGAGACCUGCAGGAAGGAACUCAAAGUCUACAGGCUCAGAUUGAAGCUCUACAGAACAAGAUGGUGGCUUUAGAGAACCUGAUGGAAAAAAUUUUGAACAUGACAGUAGAAAUUGAAGACCAAACAUCAAGUCUGGAAAAAGAAACACUGGAUUUGGAGAAUAAGACAGUCGAAUUGGAAGACAAGGUGACUGGUAUUUAUAAUUGGACUAACCAGAUGCAGAAGCGAACGUCGCAGCUGGAGAAGACUACUGGACUGCGGAGCAAGACAGUAGGCUUGCAGAACAAGGCAUCAGGUCUUAAGAAGAAAGCUUUGCCUGCAUAUGAUGAUAUGUUGUGUCCGCGGAAAAACAGUAGACGUGUAAGACAACAACGGCGGCAAACAAAACAACCCUACUACUCCUGUGGAAGGACAAACUGCUGUAGUACAAAGUAUGGCUCAAGAAAGUACAGUACGCGCAGUAACCGAAAGGGCAAUCCACAGUGGCGCUGCUGAGGCAGACAGAUGGCAGAGGCCGAGGAGAUGUGAACGAAGGCUCCUUGUCCCUGUCAUGGAAAGGAAGGAUCGUUUCUUUACCUUACCUUUCCGAACUGAAUGACUUUUUCUCUAUAACUUUCUAAU